AACUCGACACAACACCACCCUGUGUAGUCUGCUUCGCUUGGCGGUUCGGAAACCCCGAAUGUGCCAUCGCAGUGGAAACUUCACGUUGUUCACGUAUUCGUGCAGUUACCGCCCGGUCGCUGUGUCUAAACAAUCGCUUGUUUCUUUUUUCUCAAAGGGGCUGUGUGUAAUGUGUAAGGACUCACACAUUCAAAUUCUUACAUUGAUGGAUUUACAUACAUCAUGAGCAGAUUAGAAAAGGAUUAAUUUAUUUAUUGUUGCCGAGAAAAGGAUACUCUUCAGUACAACAGUAUGGAGCGUGUUAUUUUUAUCUUUACCUGUGUUAUGUAGAUCUAGAGUAGGAGAAACGCUGACGCAUUGAUAUUACACCUAGAACUACCAACAUGAGUCAGGGCAUGUUCCUGGCCAAGGCUCUAUACGACAACAUCGCCGAGACGCCCGACGAGCUGGCCUUCCGUCGCGGCGACGUCUUGACCGUGGUCGAACAGGACACGAGCGGACUCGAGGGCUGGUGGCUGUGCUCACUCCGAGGGAAACAUGGGAUAGCUCCUGGCAACCGUCUCAAGAUCCUGUCUGGCAUGGGGGACGGCGUGUCCCUGGACCCUAAUAAGAGCGGCAUGGAGCUCUAUGACCAACCCAAUCGAAGCUUGCAAGACUACGACGUCCCGCCCUCCCACAGAGGUUCACUGGACGCAGGGUCAGCACGGAGAGCUUCCCACGACAAGUUCUCCGCUGGCCCGAGGAAAGCUUCUCUGGGGGACGACCUGUACGAUACACCACCUAGCAGCAAGCGAGGCUCCGCGGAGACCGCCUGUGGGAUAUACGACACCCCACCCAGCAGUAAGAGGGCCUCGACUGAACGCACGCCACCCCACAGCAACAGAUCCUCGGCCUCGAGAGACUCGGGCUCCAACCUCCUGUCGAGCCCGGGCCAGACCCCCCUCAACAACAGCGCCCUGAGAGACUCGGGCUCCAACCUCCUGUCGAGCCCGGGCCAGACCCCCCUCAACAACAGCGCCCUGAGCCUGCCCGGUCUCGUCAAGCGCCGACACUCUAACUCGAGUGACACGUGUUACGAGACCCCGCCUGGGAGUAACAGGUCAUCUCUAGAGAGGAUCUUGUCCGAGGAGGGCCCGCCGAUAUACGAGUCCAUCUCACCAACACACUCCACCGAGAACUUAAACGAACCAACGUACGACACGCCCCCUGCACGCAACUACACACUAUCUCACGCUAGCCCCGCCUCCCAGUCUAGUCUUCAUUCAGCCGCCUCCAGCGAAUCCUUGCUGUCCAACACUUCCGGUGUGAGUAGUGCCAGGUUCUCCCAGACCACCAGCCUCCCAGACUCUGCUCGGUCAAGCAUGGACCUGCCGCUAGAGACCUAUGAUAUACCGCCGUCUGCUCAAGAGGCAGACAAGUCACGCAAACAACUGUCCAUGGACUCGGGCCUCGGCUUCUACGACAGUCCAGUCAAGUCAAGGCCAUCCUCCAUCAACUCCAACACGCUGACGCCCUCAGACGGCCUCAGGAGCUCACAGUCCUCGUUUGACUGCAAAUCUACGCCAUCUCCAAGGGACAUCAAGCGCAGCCGCAGUCUGGAGCACGCACUGGAUGACCUUUACGAUACUCCGACCAACAACGCCCCUAAGGUAACUCUGAAGAAACUGAGCGGCUACGCUGGGUACAGCUCGGCCACGGCGCUGAACGAAACCUCGGGCGUGUAUGACAUUCCUCCUCAAGUCAUGAGAGACUCGGUCAUCUCGAUGAGGUCCGACUCUUCAGACGAGAACCAGAGGUUUUCCUCCUCCAGCCUGGACGCUGACCAGCAGCUCAACGACGCGCCUCUGUGGGACGAACUGCUGCUGGACUUGGACUCGGCGCUAGAGCAGCUGACCAAGAAGCAGCAGGACGUUACCAAGGCAACCAGCCGGCUGACCGGUUUUGUGAACACCACGUGGAGAAGCCGGUCCAGCCUUGAGAAAACGUUGUACGACAUCAAAGUGUCUUGUUCCCUCGUGAGGAAUUCUUUGAGUGAUUUCGUCGAGUUUGCUCACGGGACUGUUGCUAACGCACUUCGAAUUCCCGAUAGGAAUUUAGCAAGCAGAUUACAGAAGUACAUAUCCCCACUCCAAAACACGCUGGACUUUGUUCAAAAGUCGUUCACCAGUCUGGAGGACAUGAAGUGGCAGGUGUCGCUGCUGUGCGAGCCGCUAGACAAAAACAAGCCUGACGACCUGGGGCAGAUAGCGCUCGUGUCUAAGGAGAUCCUGCCCGAGGUGAAGAAAGUGGCGUCGUUCAUACAGAGCCAGAGCGUCUUCCUGUUCAGGAAAGCUACCAGUGGUGACGGCAAGAAAUCUGUGGCGUCCAAACCACCCAUUGUUCCCAAAGCUGGUGAGAGCAACGGCGCCAAAGUUCCGGGCUACGGUUUUGGUAAACAGAAAGGCAUCCAGCACCGUCCACUUCCUGCCGUGCCGGGCAGCCUCCCACCGCCAACACCGCCAGCCACUGCUGCGCCGACGCUGUCCAAGAAAAGCAAAGUUUCUCUGUACGACAUUAAAGCCGCGCUACAUCAGGACGACUACGCCGAGUGUGGCGAGCUGCCCUCAGACAGCGCGGGCAGCGGUGGACACGUUGGUCAGGAGUACGACUACGUCCAGCUGGACAACAGGGACACGCUGACACGAUCUCUGAGCAGCAACAGUGUCACGGAGCCAGACAACAAGAAGGGGGGUGGCAGGGAUGAAGCUCAAACUAACGGCAACAACACGGCCAAAUCAAAGCUGGAGACUGGGAGUAUCACAAGUGGUGUCAGGGACUUGAGUCUGGACGAUAAUGGCGUGGAUAUGAUUCCUGUCAAAGAAACUGCCGCUGAAGCUAAUCUAUGUAAAACAGAAACGGGAGAUGUGGCUAAGACAGAAAGUAAUGUUGGUGUAGCAGCCGAGGAGAGUAGCCAUGACAACUCAGAGGAUGGUGCAGUUACCGAGUUCUCAGAAGACAUGAAGACGCCCGUCAAUGUCAACAACUCUCUCUCACAAGGAUCCAACUUUAUUAUUCCAUCCGCGGCUGUAGAAGGAGGAUUAAACUGCCCUGAGCCGUUGGACCCCAACGACCGGCAAGUCCUGGUGUACUACACUGAGCAGAUGAACUCUCAUUCCACCCUGCUGGGGAACGCUGUUGACGCCUUCAUCGGCGUCGUCAGCAGCAACCAGCCGCCCAACGUCUUUAUAUCCCACAGCAAGUUUGUCAUCGUCUCCGCCCAUAAACUAGUGCACAUCGGUGACAGCAUCCACCGCAACCUGAUCAGCAACAACGUGAGUGCCCGCAUCAUGCACUGCGCCAACCACUUGUGUGACUGCCUCAAGGCCUCGGUCACGGCCACCAAGGCGGCCGCCCUGUUGUACCCAUCCCCUCCCGCCAUCCAGGAAAUGGUGGACCGUGUCAUCGCAGUUUCCCAUGCAGCUCACGAGCUCAAGUUUGUCAUCACACAGGCAGCCAAACAAUAGCCAUGGUUGCCUAGCAACAACAUCAACAUCAAAAUCUAUCAGAGAAACAUCUUGUACAGUUGGAUUUGAUAAGAACACUUCUAGGACUCAACUAGGAUUAACGUUUACCUUAACUAAUAAGUUACUACCUAAUCUUCUUUCAUUGACUUUGUUUACUCUAACAUGCCAUAAGAGUUAGGAUCUGAAGGCUAACCAUAAUAAAGCAGAUGAAUCUAGUAGCGUGCUCAAACAAUGUUCUCAGAGUCAAUACAUUCCCAAGUUAGUUAACUAUAACUCUUAACAUCCCUUCUGCUCAAGCACUAUCAAGUGUGCAUAAUGGUUUCCACCCAGAGAGGACAUGCCAUCCUUAGAUUUAAACUCCAGCAACAUUUGUAAAGCCAUCACUCUGGGCUUGUAAAAAUAACAUGUACAUAUUGUUUAUUUUUGUUUUUAAAAGCCCUAGACUGACUUAAACUAUUUUAUAUUCUCAAGUGCAAAUUGUACAUUUCUUGGUGUUACAGGACUAACCUCAAAGCUUUCAGUGUUUGUUAAAAUUGUUUUAAUCAUGGGUUAUUAAGUGUGGGGAUUAAGAUUAAUACCCUCAUAAUUGUUUUUGGGAGACCACUCUUCCCCCCCCCCCCUUACUUUCACACCUUGUUAAAUAAAACGCUUUGCUGUACAGACUAUCAGUAUUAGAACAAGUUUUUUAGAACAUGCCUGUUGAACAUUCAAUCAAAAUUUUUACAUGUUUUUUUUACACACAUGUACAUGGAAGAACUACCAAAACUUGCAAUUUGUGUAGAAAACGUCGAGUGCCUAAGUUGUUUUCUUUCUUUGCAUCUUUUUGUUGACUUAAACUUGCCACUGUACUGCACAGUUUACACAGGGAAACAAACACAACAUGGGUUAUCUGGUACAAUUGUGUUGGGUUAAUGUGCUACACAAACACAAUUGUGUUGGGUUAAUGUGCUACACAAACACAAUUGUGUUGGGUUAAUGUGGUACACAAACACAAUUGUGUUGGCUUAAAUGGUAUAACACGCACAAUAUUGCAGCAUUCUAUCUUCCAUUUGUGGACUGUUUUAAGGUUGUGAUGACAUUGCUAUAAGCCUAUGUUUAUAUUUAGGGUCACAAAUAAUUUCUCAAGCACAAUAGUUGUCUGAAGCAUGUAUAAAACCCCCAGAAAUAGGUUGUCAGCAAAGGUUAGCUUAGACUUGUCUCGUUGUAUCCUAGUAGCUGGAAACAGGGAUGUUGUGUGAACAUCCUCUUGCUAAUGACACCAGCAAGUGAUUUAGUUGACAUGAGCAGGACAUGUCCUAUAAACACAACCAGGACAUGUCCUACUGACAUUAGUCUUAGCUUCACUCUCCCAGGAGGAUUAAUUAAAACAGAGAUCAUGGUGUAACAAGCUAACCCAUUUAAAACAAACGUCAUAGUGUUACAAGUCAACCCAUUUAAAACAAACAUCAUAGUGUUACAAGCCAACCCAGUGGCUUGAGAUGAUGCAUGUAAAUAUUUAGAUAGUUACUUGUGGGCUUCCAUUUUGUGCUAGUGCUUCCAUUUUGUGCUGGGCCUCCAUUUUGUGCUAGUGCUUCCAGCUAAAUCUACCGGUAGAAUGAUUUUUCCUGUUUGUGAAAGUUUUUCUGUUUGUACAUAGCAUGCUGAUUAAUGACAUCCAUCCAUACAUGUAGACCAACAUGUAAUGCAACUUGACCCCCAGUUUACUUUUCAAUAACUGGUCUGAAUUGUUCACUCAAUCUUUGCUUGUAUGCACGUGUCUUGUAUGCACGUGUCUUGGGGUGUUCUCUCUAGUAAUGUACUGUUAAGACUAUAUACAGGGUACAUGUGUUAUCUUCUUGCUAGUGACAAAACGUUUUAAUUUUAAAAUAUUUUUGAUGGUCCUAAAGCAGCAUCAAACUAUAAUGCAUUAACACAACACUGUAAUUGUAUAGGGUUGAUUUACUAGGAACAGUAGUCCCCCUUACAUUUAGAUGUUAACAAAUUGUUUGGCAAAUGGAUAGAAGCUAAGCAAGUUGUAGUUGAAGACUCCAACGCCAUUCAGGUUUCAGAGAGUUUAUCUUUUGUUUAUUUCGCCUUUUCGUUGUCACUACAUAAACCUCAAGAAGAAUAUUAUUUAUCAACUAGUUACACAAUCAAAAUAGCAAUGUAAAUGUAUUGUUUUACUUACAAAGAAAAUAUUUAAUAAGAAACAGUGAUGAAAUGAUGUGAUACCUUUAUGUGAAGCCUUUUGUUGGGAAAGUAACAUCCUAGUUACAGUCCAGAAUUAUUUGUGGCCAUUUUAGUUAUUUGUAAACCAAUUAAACCUUCUAAAACUGUUGAGUUUCAAUUAGAUAAUCAAUUAAAUCUUCUAAAUAUCCCAGUGAGUUUCAAUUAAUCAAUUAAAUUUUCUAAAAUCCUCUUGAGUUUAAUCAGUGAAUCAAUUAAACCUUCGAAUAUCCUAUGGAGUUAAAUCUUUUAUUAAAUAUCCCAGUGAGUUUCAAUCAGUGAGUCAAUGAAAUCUUCUAAAAUUCCAUUUAGUUUAACCAAAUCCCCUACAUGUUCUAAAAUCCCCUUGAAUGGGCUGACACUUAAAUAUUUGUAUUUGAGUUUAUCUACUAAGGUGUUGUUACUUAUUGAUCCUGACCUUACAUGGUAUGUAAAAAAAAUGUUUACUUGAAACAUUACAUGCCUAAAAGAUUUUUUUUUUGUACAUGGCUUAAAGAUAUUUUAUUGUACAUGAAUUAUAUGAUGCUUAUAAGAUAACUUUCUUUUAUUGUAUAUAAUUUAUAACAUGGUUAAAAUUACUUUUUUAUUGUACAUGAAACAUACAUUUCUCAACGAUAAUGUUCUUGUCAACAUUGUACAUUAAAUAUCACAUUAAAAUCAUAUUCA